AUGGCAGGAAAUAAGUUGCCCGGUUCAAUCCUUGAACCCUUCCAAUCUCUCUCACUUUCUUCCACAACCGUUGAAUUUGGCAAAGAUUUUGCAGGCAACAAAACUCCUGAAGAAAUUGCGGAAGCUGUCGGCCAAUUCCUUCAUCUCCAUACUGGCUACAAGAUAGAUAAGUUUCAUCUCUACUUCUGCCCAUCCGAAAAAUUCCUGCCGGAGAUCGAAAACUGGGUAGCAUACGUCAUAGGAAAGGGAGUAGAAAAUCUAAAUCUAGACUUCUCCAUGGAAUUUGAUAGCCGACAAGGAGAAGAAUACAUUCUGAGCUUUCCGAAGAGUCUGAUCAAUUUGAGUUUGAGUGACUCAGGUUUCAGCACCCUUCGGUCUCUCUCCCUUUCGUACGUAAAUCUUACAGGUAACAAACUCCAGCAGUUGAUAUCCAAUUGCCCCCUCCUUGAUGCACUGAGCAUUAUAAAUUGCUCAUCUGAAGAUAGCGUCACAAUAUCAUCACAGAGGCUUCAGAAGUUCACAUUCGUGAAUUCAAAUUGGGAGAUAUUGGGUAUCAAUAUUUCAACCCCAAAUCUUGAAUCUUUUAUAUACCACGGUAUACACAUUUUUGGAGAAGAAGAAUUUGAUCCCGAAGAAUGCUUCGUCGACAUUUCAUCGCUCUCUGAUGCCUUCAUUUCUGCUGUGGACUCGUCAGAGCCUGAACAUGACUUCAUAAAGCUGGUAUAUGAUCUCAGGCAUGUCAAGGUUCUUACUGUGUGCACGUAUACUCUAUGGAGGGUAACAAUAUACGAGGACGAAAAAUUACCAAUUUUACUGCAAAAUCUGAAGGAACUACAGCUGCUUAUGUGCACUAUGACCAUGGAGGAUCUUGAUUGCAUCUACAAUUUCUUUCGGCUUUGUCCUUCACCAUUCCUUGAGAAACUAUUCAUUCAUAUCCCUGAUUUUGCUCAGGAUAUGCUAGAAGAACCCUAUGUUAAACAGGAGAUUAGAGAUCCCUUUGAAGUUAAUUUAAACCAUCUCAAGGUGGUCAAGAUGAGCAAUUUUAAAGGUCGCGACGCUGAAAUGAGAUUAGUGAAGUUUCUCCUCCAAAAGGUGUAUACUUUAGAGUUCUUGGUAUUGGUUGGACCUAAAUCUGCAAACAAAAGUUUGGAUGCUGAACCUAGUAGCUCAGUACAAGAAAGUGCACAUAAAAGGAUAAAUGAUAUGUGCGCGCAACUGUCCUCAUUACCAAAGGCAUCUUCACAAGCCAGAGUUCUGAUAUGUGAACAUUCUGAAGAUGAUAUGUCUUUGACGCCGACACAUACCAGAUAUUUUGAAGAGUAUUAACAAGGCAUUACUCUGCCAUGACAUGUUUACUCGAUAAUUAAGAGUUGUAUCACGUGUGUGUCCUGUAUUCUUAUUUUGUGGUUGAUGUAACUGAAUGUUAUUCAAAUUUAUUAGAAA